AUGCUCCCAGGCAUUUACUGCCCCGUGGAAUUCUGGUCCAAGGAGGAAAACCAAAACAUCCAGGUGGAUUUUCUGCUGCCCACGGGCAUUUACCUGAGCCUCCCGGUGUCGUGCAAUGCUAGCUUGGGCACCAUCAAGGAGGUGGUCUGGCAGCAUGCGCAGUAUGAACCAUUAUAUCACAUGCUCAAUGAUCCCGAGGCCUAUGUCUUCACCUGCAUCAAUCAGACGGCUGAGCAGCAGGAGCUGGAGGAUGAGCAGCGGCGUCUCUGCGACAUCCAGCCCUUCCUGCCUGUCUUGCGGCUCGUGGCACGAGAAGGUGACCGGGUCAAGAAGCUGAUUAAUUCCCAGAUCAGCUUGCUCAUUGGCAAAGGUUUGCACGAGUUUGACUCGGUGUCGGACCCAGAGGUGAGCGACUUCCGCACCAAAAUGCGCCAGUUCUGCGAGGAGAGGGCAGCGAAGCGGCAGCAGCUGAGCUGGAUGGCCUGGAUGGAGUACAGCUUUCCCUUGCAGCUGGAGCCCUUGGCCAAAGGCCUCGGGACCAGCCCUCUGCACGUCCCCCACAAGAACAUCUUUGUCAACGUCAUGUUUGAGUCUGGCGGGGAGAGCUUCACCUUCCAGAUCUCCCCCAGGGAAUACCCCAUCACGUUAAUGAGCUACGCCAUCAAGAAGCAGGCUACCGUUUUCCGCCACCAGACUGUGGAGAGCCCAGAGGACUAUACCCUACAGGUGAAUGGAAAAUGUGAAUACCUCUAUGGGAACUACCCUCUGUACCAGUUCCAGUACAUCCGCAGCUGCCUGCACCAGGGCCUGAUGCCCCACCUGACGAUGGUGCGCUUCUCCACCAUCAUUGCCAUGCGAGAUGAGCAGACCAACUGCAUCGCCCAUCCCCCAAAGAUGGGUGCCAAGCCUCCCCCACUGCCCAAGAAAAAGCCAAACAGUGGGUCUCUGUGGUCCCUUGAGCAGCCCUUUUAUAUUGAUCUGGUGCAAGGCAGUAAGGUCAACGCUGAUGAGAGGAUGAAGCUGGUGGUGCAGGCAGGCCUCUUCCAUGGCAAUGAGAUGCUCUGCAAGAUGGUGUCGAGCUCUGAGGUGAACGUGUGUUCAGAGCCAGUGUGGAAGCAGCGGCUGGACUUCGAUAUUAACAUCUGUGACCUGCCGCGCAUGGCCCGGCUCUGCUUCGCCCUCUACGCUGUCAUCGAGAAGGCCAAGAAGGCACGUUCCACCAAGAAGAAGUCCAAGAAAGCGGACUGCCCAAUAGCUUGGGUGAAUGUCAUGCUUUUUGACUACAAGGACCAGCUGAAAGCAGGAGAAUGCUGCCUGCAUAUGUGGUCAUCGUUCCCAGAUGAGAAAGGGGAGCUGUUGAACCCCAUGGGCACAGUCCAGAGCAACCCAAACACAGAGAGUGCAGCCGCCUUGGUUAUCUGCUUUCCCAAUGUCUCGGUCCAUCCGGUGCACUACCCAGCCUAUGAACAGCUGCUGGAUCUGGGGAGGAACGGAGAACACAGCCGUGCCACACUCGACGAUCCAGAGGAGAAGCAGCAGCUGAAGGAGAUCCUGGAGCGAAGGAGCCACACUGAGCUCUAUGAACAUGAGAAGGAUUUGAUGUGGAAGAUGAGGUACCACAUCCGGGACCAGUACCCAGAGGCCUUGGCGAAGCUCCUGAUCAUCACUAAGUGGAACAAACACGAGGACGUGGCCCAGAUGAUCUCCCUGCUCCACACCUGGCCAGAGCUGCCUGUCCUGAACGCCUUGGAGCUGCUGGAUUUCAGCUUCCCUGACCGUUACGUUGGUUUCUUCACUAUUAACUCCUUAAAAAAGCUGACAGAUGAGGAGCUGUUCCAGUAUCUGCUGCAGCUUGUCCAGGUGCUCAAGUACGAAUCCUACUUAGACUGUGAAUUAACCAAGUUCCUGUUGGACAGAGCUCUAUCUAACCGCAAAAUAGGGCACUUCCUCUUCUGGCAUCUCAGGUCCGAAAUGCAUGUCCCAGCAGUCGCUCUGAGGUUUGGCUUGAUCUUGGAGGCCUAUUGCAGAGGCAGCACCCACCACAUGAAAGUUUUAAUGAAACAGGGGGAAGCACUCAACAAGAUGAAAGCCUUGAACGACUUUGUGAAAGUGAGUUCUCAGAGGGCCACCAAGCCCCAGACCAAGGAGAUGAUGCAUGUGUGCAUGAAGCAGGAGACCUACCUGGAGGCCCUUUCCAAUCUCCUUUCUCCCCUGAACCCUAACAUUAUCCUUGCUGAAGUGUGUGUGGAGCAGUGCACAUUCAUGGACUCCAAGAUGAAGCCUUUGUGGAUUGUGUUUAAUAACGAGGAAACGGGCGGCGGUGGCGUGGGCAUCAUUUUCAAAAAUGGAGACGAUCUCCGCCAGGACAUGCUGACGCUACAGAUGAUCCAGCUGAUGGACGUGCUGUGGAAGCAGGAGGGCUUGGACCUGAGGAUGACCCCUUACGGCUGCCUCUCCACAGGCGACAAGACGGGGCUGAUCGAAGUGGUCAUGCACUCGGACACCAUUGCCAACAUCCAGUUGAACAAAAGCAACAUGGCGGCCACCGCUGCCUUCAACAAGGACGCGCUGCUGAACUGGCUGAAAUCCAAGAACCCAGGUGAAGCACUGGAGCAAGCGAUCGAGGAGUUCACGCUCUCCUGCGCUGGGUACUGUGUGGCGACGUAUGUCCUGGGGAUAGGAGACAGGCACAGCGACAACAUCAUGAUCCGGGAAACUGGCCAGCUGUUCCAUAUUGAUUUCGGCCAUUUUUUGGGGAACUUCAAAACCAAAUUUGGUAUCAACAGAGAACGGGUCCCUUUUAUCCUAACCUAUGACUUUGUGCACGUAAUCCAGCAGGGGAAAACGAACAACAGCGAAAAGUUUGAAAGAUUCAGGGAUUACUGUGAAAAAGCCUACAUGAUCCUGAGGCGCCACGGUCUCCUCUUCCUGCAUUUGUUUGCACUGAUGAAAGCUGCUGGCCUGCCAGAACUCAGCUGCUCUAAAGACAUUCAGUAUCUAAAGGACUCUCUAGCACUGGGAAAAACAGAUGAGGAGGCGCUGAAGCACUUCAGACUAAAAUUUAAUGAAGCCCUUCGAGAGAGCUGGAAAACCAAAGUGAACUGGCUGGCGCACAAUGUCUCCAAAGACAACAGACAGUAGAGCAACUGACAGCCUGCGCACUUGCUCUGAGGGAAUGUAAUGGUGUCUGCACUGAUGCCGGAAGUUGCUGCCUAUGGUAGACAGUUUUCUAAAACCUGCUGAAUGUUGCCACGUUAAGAAUCCCUCACCUGCAUCCUUUAGAGAUUGUGUUCCAGAAGUUUCUGCAUGCCCAAAAAUUGUUGGACCAUCAUGAGCUGCAUAAGCCUGUCAAUUGUAGAUCAUGCAAGGCCGAAGGAGAGACGAGGCAAUAUAAUUACCAUAGCCAAUAAAAGGUAGGUAGAUGCACUAUGACCUUAAGAACAUUACACUUCAGAACAUGCUUAAAAUACACCAUUUAAAUGGAAGAGUCGAGGCAGUUGCGAUGUAGUUUAAAACCAUACGCAGGCGGAGUGUUUCAGCUAUGUCAAGACAAUGCUUUUAUUUGGAGCUGUGCUCCAAGACGGACUGUUUCAGCCAGCAGCACAGUGAGUUUUUAAAGCCAGGCAAGAACAAAUACUGCACUAGCACUAAAUGGAAAACGUUUACUCAUGGCAUCAGACAUUAAGCCUGUUUCUGUGUAAAGAAGGUGGAGGGCCUGGCUUUGCUGUUGGGCGAUUGUCUUUGGUGGCAGAUCUCCCAGCGCCUUGCCCCUACCCAUUCAGGGAUGUAUUAAUAAAGCUUCACCAGAUGGUUGCCUGAUUCCAGACAGACUGGUGCCUGUUACUUCUCCACAGUAGAGAGAUCACAUGGGCAAACUCUGACGUACAUAUGCUUUUCAUAAUUGCCCAGUAGCUGGGAAAGAUUACUGAAGUUUCAUAUUCAGCAGGGAGGAUGGUAUCUGUUGUAGUCUUCGGUAAACUGGCCUGCCUUGCUGAGGAAUGAGCGCGCGGUGCACAGACUUAAUAGCUCAGUGUUCAAGGAAGCAGCGUGGUGCUUGCCAGCUCUGACUAAGUACACCGUGCACUUUCAGUCAGACCUGGAGUCCUGUUACUGGUUUAGCCCCUGAACAAUUAAGACCUGAAAUGCACUGCUCAUCCAGCCUCUCUACUGCCUUCAGUUUAGGCUUUCAAAACAUGUGUUUACACUCUCAGGCCCUACUCCUGUUUUGCAAGGGUUUGGAGCAACACAGAUCAGUGGCAUCUAUUUUGUUUUUAAAGUGCAAUAAACCAAGUUACAUCACAACGAACAGGCAAAAAGUGAAACAUUUGUGAGGUGCUCUGCCCUAAAAAGGCACUGCUGCAGUCCUGCAAAUCCACUUACCUACAACAAAUCAGAACUGAGUGGGCUUUCUUCCUUGGGGGCUAGUGAAAUGACUCUUGCUAUCUUGUCUAGCAAAGUAACAGGCUGCUGGACCCAGUCCAUCAGGAUUGCCUUUCCCAUGGUGCAGAGCAGACUCUUUAUCUGAUCUCCUCCACAGCAAGUUGAGGGGAAGUGUAGGUUGAAGCUUACUCAGUCAGACCCCACUGUAAAUAAAUCUACUUGUACAACAAAUAGUUACAUCCUUUAACAGUGAUAAGCUUUACUUUGCUACUACUUCUAUUUAUUUAGGGAGGUGUUCAUGACUUCUUGCUGUGUGUGAACUGAUUGUGCCUAGUUUGCUGCCUUUGAAAAAAUGAUUUAUUUUUUUAAGCCCCGCAUGAUUUUUGAAGGAGAAGAUGUUUACAUGUUCGACUCUUCAGUUACUUCUAAUCUGUGACUUCAGGUGCAUAUUUGUAAGUCUAAAAAUAAAUAAUAUUAUUUGAUAAAUUGUAUACUAGUGCAGGGCAAUGUCAUUCCAUGCCUCUGGGUGCUAGUUUGUUAUCCUGCACAGUAAGUUAUUCCAAGAUGUUGAUAGUGGUGACUGGAAUUAAGAAAGGACAGCAGACAGUCUUUAGAACCAGAAAUUUAUUGUAGCUUAUAGACUUUCCAAACUGACCUAUUACCAAUAUACACAUCUGAAAAGUUAUACCCACAGUGGCUACAAACUGCAUCAGAAAGUUUACAACCUUUCAGCAUUAGCAUUAAAUCAUGAUCAGUUUUAGUCCUAAAAUACAGCAGCUACAGUGACAGUAUAUGGAAGGAUAAAGUCUUCUACACAUUGACAUUAACACAGGACAACUGUCAGACAUAAGUUAAAAGUUCCCCAGUUUACUUAAAACUACCAGUUAUGUUACCACGGAAGUAAUCAAAACCGGUUCCCCAUUUUAGAAAUCUAAAAUUUUACAUUAAAAAACAGUAAGCUAAUUGUGUCUGUUCUUCCCCUGCUUUCAGGUCCAUCUAGUAUUGUAAAAGGCACUCCUCAGAGUCAAGCUUUACUCAGAUAAAACCCACCACUAGGUCCCAUUUCAAACACUGGGAGGCAAGAUGUGCAAUAGGUAAGAAUAGGUCUGCUCUGUAAAUGAAACAAGCUUUUAGAAACAGCUGGCUCUGCCUUCCCUUUUACCUGUUUGUUUUCCGACACCCCACCCUCCACCUCCCACUCAGCUCUUCGGUAGUUCCUUUAGCAGGUUUAGUCAUUUCCCCAUGGGAUUUUAAAUCUGAGCCACUAACCUGCUUUGGCAGAUGUGCUGUGCACCUAGAGAGCAGGCAGAGAACAUUUAGUAUCAAAAUCUGGAACUUUGCUUACCAUAAUGAGGAGCAACUGGAGCUGUAGUUUCAUAUUGCAAGUAGACAAAUUGCUCUGUAAACCACCACCAAAUGACAAAGCAAAUAAGCAGAUAUUCAGAAUUCAAGGCUCUGACUAGGACCAAAAGUAAGUUCAAUGGAGAACACGACCUGCCUUACGAAAAAUCUAGCCUCACCACCAUGGGGUCAUAACUUACUUUUCGUACCUUUCAGCCAUUCCUUUAAGAGUCCUUUGCAAUUCCAAGUUAGAGAGCUUUGAUCAACGACAACCAAAGUCUGCUGUGUCUCGAUACAAAGAGUAACUUGAUUCACAAGGUUUUCUGGUUGGAUAAUGUACGCUAUAAUUUCACCAGCAGGAACACACAUUUACUAAGUGUAAACAAAAGGCUUAGUACACCAAUGGUCCAUGGUACUGUACAAGGAGCUACAGGGAAUGAGCAGGAGUGUGUCUAAAAGGAAUGAAGUCACUAUGCCCCCCCAACCCUCCCACCCCCAAAAUUAGAAAAGUUCAAAAUCCAAAAAAUAAACCCCAAUCUACGCCGACUGGCAGCCAAGGCGCGCAGGGACACGGGUCUCCAGCCUUCCAGCCUUGAUGACCAUGAGAAGACUCAAGUGAAUAACCUGCCCUGGCAGCAAUGUCAACAGCGCAGCAGCUUUGGACUACAGCAAGCCCCACGCUGAUUAACCGGGGCUCUGGCAAGAACACUUAGCGCAGCAGCAGCAGACUGACUCGCCCCACAUCCAGGUAGCCUUUACUUUUUCCCAGUAACCCUUAUACUGAAAUGAGUUAAGGACCAAAGACCAACUGUAUUAGGCAGGGCAGUUGAAUCUCUGUUAGAGAUCCUGAAAAGCCUUUACAGAAAGUCACAGGCUUGUCUGUUCCCUCUGCAAAAGUAAAGGGG